GGGCCACGCGGAGCACGCGGCGCGCAGGCCCAAGCCGCCAUGGCGGCGCCGGGAGAGGGGAGCGCGAGCGGCGUUAGCGCGGCCCGGGCCCAGUGCCCCGCUUCCCCGCAGGGCGGCCCGGGGCCGGCGGGGCGGGAGCCGCGGCUGCGGGACACCCCCGAGGACAUCUGCUUCGAGGCGACGGCCAACGCCAUCGCCCUGCACCCGGCCCGGCCUCUGCUGGCGGCGGGGGACGUGGACGGCGACGUCUACCUGUACUCGUACUCCUGCACCGAGGGGGAGAACCGGCAGCUCUGGUCUUCGGGGCAUCACCUCAAGUCGUGCCGCGACGUGGCCUUCUCCCAGGACGGGCAGAAGCUUUUCACCGUGUCCAAGGACAAGUCCAUCCACAUGCUGACGGUGGAGGAAGGACGGCUGGAAACGCGCUUCCCCAAAGCCCACGGCUCGGCCCUCAACUGCGUGCUGCCCAUUGAUAACCACGUCUUUGCCACGGGUGAUGAUGCUGGCGCGCUGAAGGUGUGGGACCUGCGCAAGGGGGAUGCCAUCUUGGAGGCCCGUCAGCAGGAGGAGUACAUCAGCGCCAUGGCUGUGGAUGGGAAUGGGAAGAUCCUGCUGACCGCCAGCGGUGAUGGCACCCUGGGCGUCUUCAACGUGAAGAGGCGGCGCUUUGAGCUGCUCUCAGAGCCACAGAAUGGGGACCUGACAUCUGUCGUGCUGCUGAAGAGGGGGAAGAAAGUGGCAUGUGGCUCCAGUGAAGGCACCAUCUACCUCUUCAACUGGGACGGCUUUGGGGCUGCCAGUGACCGCUUCGCUCUGAGGGCCGAGUCUGUUGACUGCAUGGUCCCAAUCACAGACAGCAUCGUCUGCGUGGGGUCCCUGGAUGGAGUCAUCAGGCCCUGCAGGGUCCCCACCAGCCCCCCUGUCCCCAGGGCAGUGAAUGUCCUGCCGAACCGGGUGCUGGGCUGUGUUGGGCAGCACCUGGGGGAGCCCAUCGAGCAGCUGGCGGUGGCCCCGGGUGGGCAGCUCCUGGCCAGCUGCGCCCAUGACCAGAAGGUCAAGUUCUGGGACGUCUCAGCCCUGGGAGGGCUGGUGGUGGACGACUACCGAAAGAAGAAGAAGAAGGGAGGGCCGCUGCGGGCCCUCAGCAGCAAAGCGGUGGGUGGUGGGGAGGACUUCUUCGCCGACCUGCAGGAUGAGGCCGGGCCAGAGGCAGCAGCAGCAGGGACCGACAGUGAUGGUGACAGUGACUGAGGGGCCGGGGAUGCCCUGGGAGCAGGGCACAGCCGUGUGGGUGGGCGCUGCCACCACUGUCUGCAGGUGGGGGGGUUGCCCCACCGUGGGUCCCUGGUACCACCAGGGUGGGCAGCACAUACGGGGUGUCAGACACCUGGGGGGAAAGAAUGCGGGGGUGGCCCCAGGAUGGGGGGCAGGCUGGGAAUGGUAUGGCUGAGGGUCCCAGGGGAGGGGGGGUGUUUCUGACAUAGGGGAGACCCCAGUAUGUGGGAGGUCCUUGGUGGGAGGACUUGGCUGGGGGUUCCUGGUGAGAGGCACUGGCAGGGGGUCGUGGCUGACGGUCCUUGGGGUGGAGGGGGCCCAGGGAUGGGGG